AUGGCUGACAGAUUCAUCCCCGAGCAUCGUCGCACCAACUACAAGGCGAAGGGUACUUUCAAGCCCGAUGAGCUUCGCCGUCGACGUGAGGAGCAAGCCGUUGAAAUUCGCAAGGCUAAGCGAGAGGAAAACUUGGCCAAGCGACGAGGUAUUGGCAGUGGUGAAUCGCGCCCUGGUGCCUCUCUAGGCGCUGCUCCUGACAGCGAUGACGAGACUGCGCCCACCGAAAGCCAGCUCAACGAGGACCUUCCUCAGAUGGUGUCGGGUGUCUUCUCCGAGCAGAUCGAUCUACAAAUCCAAGCUACCACUAAGUUCCGAAAACUACUUUCCAAAGAGCGAAACCCUCCCAUCGAAGAGGUUAUCAAGACCGGCGUGGUUACUCGAUUCGUAGAGUUCCUUCGCUCGCCUCAUACCCUUGUCCAGUUCGAGGCCGCUUGGGCCUUGACCAACAUCGCAUCUGGAAGCGCUACUCAAACUCAGGUGGUCAUCGAAGCCGGAGCCGUCCCGAUCUUUGUUGAGCUGCUUUCUAGCCCCGAGCCUGAUGUUCGUGAGCAGGCUGUCUGGGCCUUGGGUAACAUUGCCGGUGAUAGCCCUGCUUGCCGAGACUAUGUUUUGAGCUGCGGUGCUCUCAAGCCGCUUCUCAACCUCCUUGGCGACAGCCGUAAGCUUAGCAUGCUCCGAAAUGCCACUUGGACCUUGAGCAAUUUCUGCCGUGGCAAGACGCCUCAGCCUGACUGGAACACGAUUGCCCCUGCGCUACCAGUUCUUGCCAAGUUGGUCUACUCGCUCGACGAUGAGGUUCUGAUUGAUGCUUGCUGGGCUAUUUCGUACCUUUCUGAUGGAUCUAACGAUAAGAUUCAGGCCGUCAUCGAAGCUGGUAUCCCGCGUCGUUUGGUCGAACUCCUCAUGCAUGCUUCCACGUCCGUCCAGACGCCUGCAUUGAGAUCCGUUGGCAACAUUGUUACUGGUGAUGACGUUCAGACACAGGUGAUCAUUAACUGUGGCGCUUUGUCAUGCCUACUGUCUCUUCUCAGCUCCAACAAAGAUGGCAUCCGCAAGGAAGCUUGCUGGACUAUCUCGAACAUCACGGCCGGCAACUCGCAACAGAUUCAGGCCGUCAUUGAUGCCAAUAUUAUUCCCCCCUUGAUUCACCUGCUAUCUAAUGGUGACUUGAAGACACGUAAGGAGGCUUGCUGGGCUAUUAGCAACGCUACGAGCGGUGGAUUGCAGAAACCGGAACAGAUCAGGUACCUUGUUGCGCAAGGAUGCAUUAAGCCGCUUUGCGACCUCCUUGCAUGCCCAGACAACAAGAUAAUUCAAGUCGCCCUAGAUGGCCUAGAGAACAUCCUAAAAGUAGGAGAUCUCGACAAGCAGGCUGCCGGCGAGGGCCCUGAAUCGAUCAACCGUUACGCGCUGUUUAUCGAGGAAUGUGGAGGCAUGGAGAAGAUUCACGACUGCCAGAACAAUGCCAACGAGGAGAUCUACAUGAAGUCAUACAACAUCAUCGAGAAGUACUUCUCUGACGAAGACGAGAAUGCCGACGAGGGUAUGACUGCCCAGACCCAGGCUAACGGCACAUUCGGAUUUGGAACCAACGGUGCGCAAGGCGGCGGUUUCAACUUCGCCAACGGCGGUGAUACCAUGGACAUGUAA